AUGAGAAGAAGUCUCCCUCCUUGCAAAAAGAGGAAAACAGAGAACAAUGCUGGAGAUGCUGUUCCUUUGGACCUAGUGACGGAGGUUCUUAACCGAUUGCCUGCGAGAUCCGUAGCUAGGUUUAUGCUGGUAUCGAAAUCAUGGGCAAGAAUCAUCCGGAGCAAGUGUUUCAUCGGAAGGUUUCCUUUUGGAUCCUUGACUCAGCCUUUGCGUCUCCUGAUGGCUUUCAACCACCAAGAUCGCAAAACGGGACACCAAAGUUGCCGCUUCUUCUAUUCUUCUUCGCUGUCGUCGUCUUCGUCGAUACCAACCUCUUUUCUAUCCACAAUAACAUGGCCUCACCAAAGGUAUUCGCGAGUCGAGUACCCUACUUAUUGCGUCAAGGGGUUGGUUUGCGUCGGAGAAACCGUAUGUAACCCUUGCAGCGGAAAGUUCAUAACUUUACCAAGCUUCAACCCCGGUAUCUCAAUCCGGGUCGAACGCUUUUUCGGGUACGAUCCAGUCAAUGACGAGUAUAAAGUGUUGCUCAUGAGGAAAACAUUCAAGGGUCGUAGUGCGGAUCCGUGGUCUGACUUUGGAGUCUUCACACUGGGAGCUAAACAAGAAUCAUGGAGAGCGAUCGAUUGUAGCGUUCCUCACCGUCCUUACUCUAGAGGCGUGUGUAUAGAUGGAGCAGUGUACUACAUUGCGCACACGGGAACAGAACAGAAGAGCGUCGUGAGAUUCGAUUUGAGGUCUGAAAAGUUUGACAUAUUUGCUAGAGUAUCUGAGGUUAUUGGAGAUUCGUAUGGUUUUGUUCCAAUGACUUUGAUAAACUAUUAUGGCAAAGUAGCAAUCCAACCUGACAGGCGUGACUGUACGAUUCAUUUGUUUGUUUUCGAAGCAGGGAAACAGAAUUGCUGUGUGAGUGGUGCUAACGUUAUCCGCUACGAUCCCAAGGGAGCUAGUUGUAAGACGAUCAAGAUUGAAGUUGACGAAAAGAGAAAGUGGUUUACUGCAGCAAUGUACUUCAUGGAUUACGAAGCAACAUUGGUGGUGAUCUCACUGUUUCCCCGAGGAAAGGCGAGACUUGGGGCUCUAUUAAAGAACUGGGACAUUAAGUGGUCUUCAGAGCCAGAUUCUCACCGCAAAUACGAGUAUGAGUUUGUUGAGGUCUUGUCUGAUUACGCUGAUGGAUCCGGUGUAUCUGUUGCAUUCUUGCAUAAAGCAAAAGGCUUUGCAAGUGUCUUCUUUCGAAUGGGAGCUGGUGAUGCAGACGCGUCUCAGAUUCCGCCUCACAGUCCAUAUCGGUUCUCCCAUAUGAUCCCUUCCUUCAAAGUGACCGAGGUGAAGUAA